GUCGCGGCCGCGAGGCGACCUCCACCUCUGGUGCCCACGCAUGCCCGUCGCCUUCCCAGGCCGCCGAGCACAUGGCGUCGUCCCCCGGUGCGGACGCGACCCGCAGGCGGCGGGAGAAGCGCAGGCAGCUGGACGCGCGCCGCAGCAAGUGCCGCAUCCGCCUGGGCGGCCACAUGGAGCGCUGGUGCCUGCUCAAGGAGCGGCUGGGCUUCGCGCUGCACUCGCAGCUCGCCAAGUUCCUGCUGGACCGGUACACCUCUGCAGGCUGCAUGCUUUGCGCAGGUCCAGAUCCCGUGCCCCCCAAGGGCCUGCAGUACCUGGUGCUCCUGUCUCACGCCCACAGUCGCGAGUGCAGCCUGGUGCCUGGCCUUCGGGGCCCCGGGGGCCAGGACGGCGGGCUUGUGUGGGAGUGCUCAGCAGGCCACACCUUCUCCUGGGGACCCUCUCUGGGCCCCUCCGCUGCAGAGGAGGGCAAGCCGGCCCCCUUCCCACGCACCCCCCGGGGUGGGCAGGAGCCCACAGCUGUGGAAUCAGAGCAUGAAGACGGGACUCGGGAGGCUGGGCCGCCCAGGCUAGGGGGAACGCCAUCGGAGAGCUGUGCGCCCCCAGGAGAGGAGGAGGGUGAGGAGGACGAGGAGGAGGAUGAAGAGAUGCUGAGUGAUGCCAGCCCCUGGACCUACAGCUCCUCCCCAGAUGAGCAAGUCGGGCUGAAGGGAUGUGGAGCAGGGCUGGGAGGGAGCUGCAGCCCGGAGCAGUGCGCUGCCCAGAGCCUGGCGCUGCCUGGGGCGCCUCCAGGACGAGAGCUGACAUCCCAUGUUCUUCAUUCUUUCAGCAGUGACACAGAUGCCCCCAGUCCACACCCUGCCCCUGUCAGCCACCUGCCGGGGGAAGGGGAGCCAGCCCCCCUCACUGCUCCGUCAUCACUGGCAUCCACACUCGGUUCUGGAGCUCCUGUGUCGCCAGUCGGAGUACAGCCGGAGCCUGACAGGACCCCACAAGCAGCCCACCCAGCAGAGCCCCUGGCCAGCCCUAGAAGUCACUGGAGCCCAGCCUGGGAUGAGGACACUUCACAGAUUGGUCCCAAGAGAGUUCGGAAAGCUGCCCGCAGGGAGCUCCUGCCUUGCGACUUCCCUGGCUGCGGGAAGAUCUUUUCCAACCGGCAGUACCUCAACCACCACAGGAAGUACCAGCACAUCCACCAGAAGUCCUUCUGCUGCCCCGAGCCGGCCUGCGGCAAGUCCUUCAACUUCAAGAAGCACUUGAAGGAGCAUGUGAAGCUGCACAGCAACACCCGGGACUACAUCUGUGAGUUCUGUGCCCGGUCCUUCCGAACCAGCAGCAACUUGGUCAUCCACAGACGCAUCCACACGGGAGAGAAGCCCCUGCAGUGUGAGAUCUGUGGGUUCACCUGCCGCCAGAAGGCCUCACUCAACUGGCACCGGCGCAAGCACGCUGAAACAGCAGCCUCCCUGCGCUUCCCCUGUGAGUUCUGUGGCAAGCGCUUCGAGAAGCCGGACAAUGUUGCUGCCCACCGCAGCAAAAGCCACCCAGCCCCAUCCCCGGCCCUGCCCCAGGCCCCCCAGGACCUAUCCGGGCCUGGGCCGUGACCCGCCCACUGUGUCCCCGAGCCUCCAGGCUCCGCCAAGGUACCCCGGCCCUCUCAGGCGCCAAGUUUCCUCAGCAGUGAGCUCUUCUCUCAGCUCUGGUGCACGCUGAGGUUCAACAUGCAGGUGACUCGCUUGCCGCACAGCUCGCAGCCCUAG